AUGAAGAGUUCAGUUGAGGUUCGAUGCAUUGUAUGCCAUCGGGUAUUUUGUUGUGGAAAGUGUCGUUGGAACCACGAGAGAGCCACUCACGGCCUCACUUAUGAUUGUCCCAUCUGUCGCGGGCAUCGAUUCCUUUGUCAACCCCAAGAACUAACACAAGACUUUAUAGAACACUUAACAACUGAACACUUACCACUACAGUGUAAAAAGUGUAACAAGUUUUUUCUGAACAUGGAAGAUUUAGUUGAAAUAGAUAAAUGUACUAACAUAUCUGAAUUAUUAAAUAAAGAUGAUGAGCCUAAAAAAGAAUUUGAUAUAGAUGAAAAGUUUGAUUCUCUCUACGAAAAGAUUAAUAGCGAUGGAGAUAAUUUCGAAGCUAUUAUAUCAGUCAACAAUUCAACUAAAACAGCUGUGAUAACACCAAUAGUGAGAAAAAAAUAUCUUGUUGACUAUGAAUCUAGUGAAAGCGAGGGUGAAGAGGAAAAUCCAACGAUGACGACUCCACAUCCUAAAAUUCUGUCUAAAACACCGGCUAAAACACCAAAACUAAAAAGACAAAGGGCGGCUACUCCACAUAUAAAGAAAAUCGUAAGUCUUAUGAGACAAAAAGUUGUUGAUGAAUAUGAAGAAACGGUUGAUGAAAACUUUAAUGAAUCUUCCUUGAAUAAUAAAACCACAUCCUGCACUACUGAUAAUAUACAUGUUCCAGAAGAUGAUAAAGAAAUGACCACACCUACGUCUCAUCUGCCUCAUGUUAUAAAACUAGCUCAGAUUGUUACUACCAGUACUCCGACCCAUCCCGCAGCGGGAGCUUGGUUUUCAGCUCCUGGUAACGAUUCCCCUCUAUCAGAAAUUGAAACAGCAGAUAGUCCUGCACAAAGCAUUGACAAAGAGGCAUCAAAAGCUGAUGAAAAUAUUCCAAAGUUAAAAAGUAUAAUAGCAGUAGGCAGUCACAUUAAGUUUGGUAGUCAAGACAGCACUGAUAAACAGGUCACCUUUCAAGAUAGCACUAAUAACACAGAAACAUCUGUAAAGACAAAAAAAGUAAAGUUUGCUGAUGAUACAAUUUUCAAGCAGGAACCUAAAAUAAAAAGAGUUUUUAGGAAACCCAAACGCAUGCUCACACCCGGACCUCAAAGACCUAGAUUCACUCAUAACCCACGUUUCCAAGCCCUUGUCAACCGUUUCGAAAACCAGGCACUGACAUUAGCGAGGACACCGCUUAACACUAAAGAACUAAAAGAAAAACAUCUGGAAGACACGCCUCCAGCAAUAGAUCAUAACUUGCCAGCCAGAGCUAUUAGUUUUAAAGAUGAUAGCCCAGUAGUCGACUCGGGAAGUCAAUGGAAAGAAAAUGAAUUAUUCAGGACGUGUGUCGAUUCACCCAUUCAACCGAUCAACAAUGCAAUAACAACGCUAACCGCAAACAUUGCUGGCUCCCUACAAACGUGUCUCACGUCUGUUUUACGCUCCACUAGUGACGAAACUGAAAUACAAUUUAAAUUUGUUAUCACGAAAAAAACAGUUAGCGUUAAAAGGAUUGCUGAAGACGGUGGGUGUGAGAAGGCGACGGAAAUAGAACGAGAGGAUCAUUCCAAUAAGGAAAACAUUUGGUCGAGUGUCGCCAGAGCUGUGAAAAAUGUAUUCUGGGGAAGUGAAGUGACACCUCAUAAACCGAUAACCGCAAACGAUUCUACGUCAUCCUCUAAGCGAAAAUUCGAUGAAAUAUCAGAUAAUGAACAAAGUCCGUUUAACAAACGCCAUAAAUAUGAAGGAAGAAUUCGAGGAAGGCCACCGCUUCAUGGAAGCAGGACUUGUGGAGUUUCCAGCUUAAGGAGUUCACAAUCAGCGGAACAACACUCUUUGUUAAAGGAUUUUUCUAUGAACCAAGAUGAAAAUAUGAAUUUGAGCUUUUAA